AUGCAGGCUGAAAGUCUUUCCCAGAGGCGCCCUACCAAGCGCAGACGCCGCUCCUCCAGCCUUCAGGACUUUGAGAGGCCUGAAAACAGCAUUUCUGGGCCCGGUCUUCCCAUAUUUGCACCGCCGCAGAUGACUCAGAUGACCCAAGGUGUUAACUCUGCCUUAACGAACGAAAUCAAACUUCUGAUAGGGAAAUGCCCAGCCCUUGUACCUCAAGCGAUCUGGCUGGUUGAUGUGUACCAAUGCUUGUGGGAAGCCUACUUAAAAGCAUACGCAAAGGUCAAAGUAGCCGGAGAAGAACAGCGUCUACUUAGAAAUUCGAAUAAUUGGCUAGAGGAAACCAACGAGUCUCUUCGUCGCAUCUGUACCGACAGAGAAGCAAGCCUGUGUGACAGCCUCCAAGCCUUUCAGUCAGUCCGUCAAGGUAUUCUUAAUAUCUUUCAAGAUACCUAUAGACUUCACCAACUUCUACCGUCGUCGAGAAACCCAGCCACAAGUUAG